GCAGGCGCAGUAUGGCGGCCGAGUAUGUGUAUGUGAGAGUCUGACGGGUUCAAAAUGGCGGCGGCUGCUUCUAUAAAGGGGCAAAGGAGAACCAGAGACCUGGAGGAAGAGGAGGAAGACAGCAGUUCUGAUAUCUCCUUCUCACUCUCAUCAGAAGAGUCUGAGAUGGAGCCUGAAGAAGAGCGGAUCCGUUAUAGCAAAAGACUGCGUGGUGCUAUGAGACGGCGUUAUGAAGACGAUGGCAUCUCAGAUGAUGAAAUUGAAGGCAAACGAACGUUUGAUCUUGAAGAAAAACUUACCACCAACAAAUUUAAUGCCAACUUUGUGGUGUUCAUGGAAGGCAAAGACUUCACUGCGGAAUACAUUCAGCGUGGUGGCUUACGAGACCCUUUGAUCUUCAAGAACUGUGAUGGACUUGGAAUAAAGAUGCCAGAGCCAGACUUCAGUGUGAAUGAUGUUCGACUCUACGUAGGGAGUCGGCGUAUGGUGGAUGUCAUGGAUGUUAACACUCAACGGGACAUUGAGAUGACCAUGGCACAGUGGGCACGCUACUAUGAAACCCCAGAGGAGGAGCGUGAGAAGCUGUAUAAUGUUAUCAGCCUGGAGUUCAGCCAUACGCGGCUUGAGAACUUGGUGCAGAGACCAACUACGGUGGAUUUGAUUGAUUGGGUUGAUAACAUGUGGCCAAGGCAUCUGAAGGAAAGCCAGACAGAAUCAACGAAUGCUAUUCUGGAUAUGCAGUAUCCCAAAGUGCAGAAGUACUGUCUGAUGAGUGUCAAGGGCUGCUAUACAGAUUUCCAUGUAGACUUCGGUGGCACAUCAGUAUGGUAUCACAUCCACAGAGGCGGGAAGGUCUUCUGGUUAAUCCCACCCACGCCCCAGAACCUGGAGUUGUAUGAAAAUUGGCUGCUUUCGGGCAAACAAGGGGAUAUCUUCCUUGGUGACAGGGUGUCAAAUUGUCAGCGAAUUGAGCUGAAGCAAGGUUAUACCUUUGUCAUACCCUCAGGUUGGAUCCAUGCAGUGUAUACUCCUAUGGAUACUCUGGUUUUUGGUGGUAACUUUCUACACAGCUUCAACAUCCCUAUGCAGUUGCGGAUCUACAGCAUUGAAGACCGUACACGGGUCCCAAAUAAGUUUCGGUAUCCCUUUUAUUAUGAAAUGUGCUGGUAUGUACUGGAACGGUAUGUUUACUGUAUCACCAACCGUUCCCAUUUGACCAAGGAUUUCCAGAAGGAGUCGCUCAACAUGGAUAUGGAGCUAUGCAGCUCAGAGUCAGGAAAUGCUGAUGAAGAUGAUGCAACAGCAGGGAAAGAAUCACGCCGCCCAGUCACCAGACGAUCAGUCCUCACCAGCCCUGUAGCCAAUGGUGCUAAUCUAGACUAUGAAGAACUAGGUAAAGGUUGCCGGAGUUUGCCAGGUCUCAAAAGAACUCUCUCCAUGGACUCUGAAUCCAGCCGAGGCUCUCACAAUGGCCAAGCCUGGGACUCUCACAGCAGCAGCCCUCAUAAGGGCAAGAAGGUGCACCUGACACAAUUUGAGCUCGAGGGUAUGCGCUGUCUUGUAGACAAGCUGGAGUCUUUGCCUCUGCACAAGAAGUGUGUACCUACAGGCAUAGAGGACGAGGAUGCCCUUAUUGCAGAUGUUAAGCUACUGCUGGAGGAGUACGCAAACAGUGAUCCCAAACUGGCACUUACUGGAAUCCCUAUUGUCCAGUGGCCGAAGAGGGAUAAGUUCAAACUUCAGUCUCGGCCAAAGUUAAGAUUACCUACCAUCCCAAUCACCAAGCCACACACCAUGAAACCAGCGCCACGACCUGCAACUGUGAGACCCACAGUUUCUCCUAUAGUGUCUGGUGCACGCAGAAGGCGGGUACGAUGUCGUAAAUGCAAGGCCUGCCUGCAGGGCGAAUGUGGCCUGUGCCACUACUGCAGGGAUAUGAAGAAGUUUGGAGGGCCUGGUCGCAUGAAGCAGUCCUGUGUAUUACGACAGUGCUUGGCGCCUAGACUGCCUCACUCUGUCACAUGUGCACUUUGCGGGGAGGUAGAUAAGAAUGAGGAUUCACAAGACUUUGAGAAGAAGCUAAUGGAGUGCUGCAUCUGCAACGAAAUCGUUCACCCUGGCUGUCUACAGAUGGACGGGGAAGGGCUACUGAAUGAUGAAUUGCCCAACUGUUGGGAGUGUCCAAAGUGCUACAAGGGAGAUGAGGCAGAAAAAGGCCAGAAGCGGAAAAUGGAUGAUGGUGACGAUGACACAGUCCAAGCCAAAGUCCUGCGGCCCUUGCGAAGCUGUGAGGAACCUCUGACUCCCCCACCACAUUCGCCUACUCCAAUGUUGCAGUUAAUCCACGACCCUGUGUCACCGCGAAGCAUAGUGACACGUUCCUCUCCAGGCGCAGGUCCUAGUGACCAUCAUGGUGCCAGCCGAGAUGAACGCUUUAAGAGGCGUCAGCUGCUUCGGCUGCAAGGCACAGAGCGCACAGUGGUGCGGGAAAAAGAGAACAACCCUAGUGGCAAGAAAGAGCUUUCAGAGGUAGAAAAGGCCAAGCUCCACGGUUCUUACCUUACAGUCACAUUGCAAAGACCUACCAAAGACGUGCAUGGCACUUCCAUUGUGCCCAAGCUGCAGGCGAUCACUGCCUCCACUAAUAUGCGGCACUCUCCCCGUGUGGUCAUGCGCCAAAGUUCAGCAAGGACACCCCAGCGGGGUGGGGAUGAAGAGGCAGCUGAGGAAGAAGAGGAAGAUGAAAGUGCGGAUGAAGAAGACGAGAGUGCUGAGGAGAGUGGGGCAGCCAGACUGAAUGGCCAGGGGGGCAGGGCAGCAGAUGGUGAGGAGAUCUGGAUGCAAAAGGAGGUGUGGAUGUCUGUCUUCCGCUAUCUCACUCGCAAGGAGCUUUGUGAAUGUAUGCGUGUAUGCAAAACCUGGUACAAAUGGUGUGGGGACAGGAGAUUGUGGACGAAGAUUGACUUGAGCAGGUACAAGUCCAUCACACCCCUGGCUCUUGGUGGCAUAAUCAGGAGACAGCCAGUCAGCCUUGACCUCAGUUGGACCAAUAUUUCCAAAAAACAGCUCACCUGGCUCAUCAACAGACUACCAGGCCUCAAAGACCUCAUCUUGGCAGGCUGCUCCUGGUCGGCAGUAUCUGCUCUCAGUACCUCCACCUGCCCCCUUCUCAGGACCCUCGAUCUUCGGUGGGCAGUAGGAAUCAAGGAUCCUCAGAUUCGGGACUUGCUCACACCACCAUCAGAUAAACCCAGCCAAGACAAUCGCAGCAAACUCCGUAACAUGAUAGACUUCCGGUUGGCUGGGCUGGACAUUACUGAUGCCACACUCCGGCUCAUCAUCCGCCAUAUGCCUCUACUCUCACGACUUGAUCUUAGUCACUGCAAUCACCUUACAGACCAGUCAACCAACCUGUUAACGGCUGUGGGAUCUUCCACACGAAACUCACUCACAGAAAUCAACAUGGCAGGCUGCAAUAAGCUCACAGACCAGUCCCUGCUGUUCCUGCGCCGCAUCUCUAAUGUCACCCUGAUAGACCUUCGUGGCUGCAAGCAGAUCACCCGCAAGGCCUGCGAGCACUUCAUCUCAGACCUGUCAAUCAACAGCCUCUACUGCCUGUCUGAUGAAAAGCUGAUCCAGAAAAUCAGCUAGAGUUUUGCCACAGACAGACUGAAGAGAAGGAAAGAUCCCAGACAGCCCCUCUUGGAGAGCAGACCCUCCCCCAAUUUCCCCCACAUCCCCAAGCAGGGAAGGUGCCAGCCUGAGUGUGACUGUAAUGUCCCUGCUCUACUUGGGACUUCUGCAGACCAGGAAAUGCCACCAGGCAUUUGAGGAAGAGGCAACAAGAAGAGAUUGCUGGACGGCUGCUCUUGUAGGGUACUUGCUCAUCGGCUACAUGCUCUAACUUGAUGUUUUGUAGCAGUGUUUUCAGGGGGAACAUCCCCCUUCCUCUCUUCUCAACCCUCCCCCUCUCAUAAAUCCCACAAAAACAGAUUACACUUCCUUACCAGAUUACGGGGAAAUCAGACCUGGAUGGUGUAGAACAGGUGCACUUUUGCUCCCUGUUUCCCUGUUGUCUUGGUAUGUGAUUUGUUACUAAGUCAUUGGGCUGGGAGUAACUUCUCUUGCCUGCCACAUUCUGCUAAGAUUCCUUUUCUCAACCUUCAGCAGUUGAAUGGGCAGCUACUGCCUUGUGCUGAUUACUCAGAGCGGCAGUGUCCACAGUAGUAGUGCCUCUUGCAUGGUGAGGGGCUCUCCAUGUGCCCUUCAGGCACCUUCCAACUUGAAGCUAGUGAGAGGAUGGCUGAGUUUUCACAUGGAGGGAGUUACGCUCUUGUCCUAGAUUUUCUGAAGGUCAAGCCAGCACAUUCUACCUUUCCUACUCUGAAAAGAUGGCAGCAUUUGUAGAGGGAAAGCUGCAGUAGAGCUUGAAGGCUUGAGAGGCAUCUAUUGGGAUUCUGAUACCAGCGGAAAUGGUCUCUGUUGUCCCAUAGUCUGCUGAAACAAGCAUUCUUGGAGAUGCUGGCUAGAAAAAAAUGCCUACAUCUUGUGGGUGUGCAUAGCUGUUGGUUCUUGAGCUGGGAGACGGGUGAGUGCCCCAUUAGCUGCCUCUCUUCCUUUGCAAUGAAUGGCCGGUCCAAAGAACUUCUCUCUUGGGCAGCAGAGAGCUUUUUGCACUUUAGAAAGAAAGGUAAUAUUUUGGAUCCCUAUUUUAUUUCCCCUUGCCUGAGUGACUGGAUACUCCUUCCAGCUGUCUGAGCUUGUCAGGGUUUGAAUGCACACUUUGCACUCUGCUCUCUUUCCCAUAGUGAUAGCACAAAUUAGACUGCCCUUCACCCCUUCCUCCCCCUCUGAGCCUUGCAUGGCAAAAAAGAGCUCUCCACUGUCUGAGCGGCAAGGGGAAAGAGGAGAGAUUAUAGAAUUGGAGGAAAGCCCAUUGCACACUCGCUGCUUCUAAAGCAAUAAGGGAUGGGGAGGAAUCUACCCAUAGCUCUCCAAAUUGCCCAGCCCAGUUGCAUUGAAAGCUGUGGCACUUGAGCCUCGGGGAAGAGCAGCUGGGGGAUGGGGUGGGGAUAUAUAUUUAGAUCUACUGAAAUCCAGAGGUUUCCCCUCACUUCCAUAUGAGGAGUAGGCUUUUUUUGCCAAGAGGACAAUGCUAGUGUGAUGAGUUCCAGAGUGCCUCAGUACACAGGAGCUUUGCUGCAAAUUGAUUUUUUCUGCAAAUACGCCCACUGAUCUUCUCCUAGAAGUGAAAACUUUCUGCCUUGUUAUGUUGGCUCCUGUGGAAAAAAUAUUAUAGAAUCUUUUUUUUUCUUUCAAAAGAGGAAGGUGAGAAUAGCCAUAAAUAGGAGAUUCAAGUGCAUCUGCCCAGAUAACUCCCACAUUGGAGAUUUCUAGCCUCUGGGUAUUUUGUGUUUUUGUUUUCUCAAAAGUGGGAACACCUUCACAACUCUCCAUAUGCAUUGAUCAGCCUGAGAAGUGCUGAACUGCAGCAAGUUGGCAUGUCAGGAGCAUUAGUCUGGGAGGAAUCUCAUCCUGCAGCAAGAGGGAUGAAACAAGCAGCAGACUGACCGGGGAGGGUAUUGUUGUUGGUUUAGGCUUUGCUGUCCUACAACCUUCUCAAACGUGACCCUCAAGUGACUGUGGCUUAAGAGACUUAAAAGCAAAUUGUGAAACUUCAUUGCCUAAACUGGCCACCACCUCAGAGGGCAAGUGGUGACAUAAAGGAAAGAGAAAUUAUAUAUAAAAUCACUUAGUGAUUUAAAAAAAACAAAAAACCAUGCUCCCUAAAUAAAACUCCCUAAAGAAAGUCACUAUUGUCUAAAAGGGUUUGGUUGUUCUUUUGUGUUUUUUUGAAGAAAUUGUAAAUAUAUAUUUUUUGUUGCUAACUUAGAGUCAAUCUCAAAUGUUGUGCUUUAAAUUUAAAUGUAAGCAUUAAGGGUAAAAGAAACCAAGUCUUGCGCUCUCUCGGUUGACAUGUUUAGGGUUGGGGGAUAUUUGGGGCUAAAGGGAGGGGAGCUAGUUGGGAUUUUUCAUUUUCUAAUCAUUUGCCAAUAAUGGUUUUAGAGAAUCUUUCCUCAAACAUAUUACCGCAGGAAUGAGACACAAGUGAAAGGGGGAAGAAAAAGAUACCAGCCUCUGAAGAGAGACUUUGUUUCAUGGGGUGGAUUUUGGAAUAAAAAUUUCAAGAAAAAAAUGUGUGGGUCUGCAUAUUGAUUAUGAUGUGAGCUCAAAUCCAAGGGAAUUCCACCCUGAAUUAAAGUUCUCAGUGGGUAAUAUACUAUUUAUUUACCCUACCUAUAUUCAGGGCCUUGUGUAUUCCACGCUAUUAAAAUUUUG